UGGCGGUGCUACUUGCGUGGACUUCUCUGGCCAUGGCCGAGUUUCGUUGCUGUUCGGUUCCUCCCAUGAUUGAACGCUUCUCGAUCGCGCGAACAAGUCAAUAUUUAACUCGAAUAUAUCACUGUUUCUUCAGACCAAAUCCUCCACGAAAGUAUAGAUACGGACCCCCUUCACCAUAAAGAGAUACCUCAAAAGUCUCCAAAUAACAAAGGAGCUUCAUCAUCAGAAUCAGAUAGUUAUGGCUGGAGGAGCAGAAGGAGCAGCAGCAGCAGCAGCAGCAGCCACUCGCUCUCUGCAGGAUACACCCACAUGGGCUUUGGCCGCCGUCUGCUUCCUCUUCAUCUCUUUCUCCAUUUUCAUCGAGCACUCGAUCCACCUUCUCUGCCAUUGGCUCAAACGGCACCGGAAGACUGCGCUGUUCGAGGCCGUCGAAAAGCUCAAAUCAGUGCUCAUGCUUCUGGGCUUCAUGUCUCUCAUCCUGGCCGUAACCCAAAGAUAUAUCUCAAAGAUCUGCGUACCAACUAGAGUUGCCGACAAGAUGCUUCCAUGCCGCAGAAGUGCUCCCACCAAAACCACCAAAUUAAAGAUUGCGUUUGGCCGGACUCUGGUGGCCGAUUCGUCCCUAGAUUGGAUAGCCAAAGGUGUCCUGAACGAUGAUGCUCCAUGGCAAAUGGAGCGGAGAUUGGCCGAGAAUGGCGAGGGCUCCGAUUAUUGUGGUGCUAAGGGAAUGACCUCGCUUAUAUCACAAGAAGGCCUCAACCAGCUCAGCAUCUUCAUCUUCGUUUUAGCUGUCAUGCAGAUUGUCUACAGUGUUCUCACCAUGGCUUUGGGAAGAGCUAAGAUGAGGCGAUGGGAAGGCUGGGAGAAAGAGACUGAAACGGUGGAGUAUCAAACAGCUAAUGAUCCAAAUCGGUUCAGAUUUACAAGGCAGACCACGUUCGGCCGUAGGCACAUGGGAGCUUUCACAGAGACAUCCUUUCACUUGUGGACGAAAUGCUUCUUCCGGCAGUUCUUCCACUCCGUCGCCAAAGUUGAUUAUCUCACCUUGCGCCAUGGAUUCAUUUCGGCCCAUCUGUCUACAAGUAAAUCAUUCGAUUUCCAAAAGUAUAUACAGCGAUCCCUGGAGGAUGACUUCAGAGCAGUCGUUGGCAUCAGCCCUUUCAUGUGGCUCAUUGUGGUCAUCUUUAUGCUCGUCGACGUGCAUGGGUGGUACGUGUACCUUUGGGUGUCAUUUAUGCCUCUAAUGAUAGUGCUGGUACUUGGGACCAAACUGGAGGUGAUUGUAGCAAGGAUGGCGCUUCAGCUCCAAAACCAGAACACUGUUAUCAAAGGAACGCCGCUGGUGCAACCCAAUGACAAGCUCUUCUGGUUCAGCCAUCCAAAAUAUGUCUUGACACUCUUGCACUACACAUUGUUCAUGAAUGCAUUUGAGCUUGCUUUCUUCAUUUGGGUCACGCUGCAAUUUGGGAUAAAAUCUUGCUACCAUGAACAUAUAGAGAUAAUCAUUGUUAGGGUGGUGUUAGCGAUUACUGUCCAAGUCCUUUGCAGUUACAUCACGCUUCCCCUCUAUGCUCUCGUAACCCAGAUGGGAUCGCAAUUCAAAAGUGCAGUUUUGGAGGAGCAAACAGCGAGCGUGAUAAAGCAAUGGCACGCGGGAGUUAGAGAGAAGAGAAAGCAACAGAAGAAAGAUGCAAGUAAUCACAGUCGAGAGGACUAUUCAUCGACCAUUCGGUAUAGUGAGAGGACGAACUCGGAUGUGUCUUCUUCCCAUCAUCGAGCGCCCACGUUUGCUGAGAUUUCCGGCACCGCCGAAAUCACCGAGGAAUUUCAAGAAAGUGGCUCCGAUCGUGAACUUGGCCAGGUUGAGGGUCCAUCUGAUUUUGUGCGAAUAGAAUUGUCACAACAAGUGAGCAAGGACCAUGCACAGGUAUAGAGCAUAGAAUUAAGUAUACAUACCCCAAUUUUGAUGAAGCAUGAACAAUAUCUUUUUUUUUCGAAUUCUUCAAAGGAAAAGGACGGUUUCCAUUGAUUUGUUAAUUUAUACAUCGCCGUGGAAACAAACCUUCCAUUUUCAAUCAA